AUGGAGAGAUCGCUAACCCCCGAGUCGGAUCCCGACGUACCUUUCAAUGUGAGCGACUCGUUGGCUCCCCCGCGGGACAUCAAAACCGCGGGGACUACGACCACCAACUUCGACGGUCUUCUGCAAGAACCUUUGUUGUUGAAGGAGGAUCUCAAAAAUGGCUGUGGUGGACAACUAUGGCCGGCUGGCAUGGUCCUGGCUACAUACCUUCUGUCGCAACACUCGAAGGAUAUGUCUGGGAAAUCAGUCGUGGAAUUGGGAGCUGGAGGUGGUCUUGUCGGACUCGCGGUUGCUCGUGGGUGUGAAGUUGGCGAGCCCAUCCACAUUACAGACCAAAUACCCAUGUUCGAAUUGAUGAAAGACAAUAUCACUCUCAACAACCUCGACUCAACUGUGGUAGCGUCAAUCUUGGAUUGGGGAGAGCCUAUUCCCAGCCAUAUCCCCUCGAAGCCAGAUAUUAUUCUGGCGGCCGACUGCGUCUAUUUCGAACCCGCAUUCCCCCUCCUCAUCACCACCUUGCAGGACUUGCUGGGCCCGAACUCAGUGUGCUACUUUUGCUACAAAAGGCGCCGGAGAGCAGACCUGCGCUUCAUGAAGAUGGCCAAAAAAGCCUUCGAUGUGCAGGAGGUCCGUGACGACCCCAAUGCUGCCUCGUACAGCCGGGAAUCCCUGUACCUCUACACGAUCCGCCUUAAGCCCACCAAGCAGCCCAUCACCAACACCCAAACGCAAAUAUCCCAUCCUGUCGAAUCAAGGAUACCAGAAACAGAAACAGAAAAAGAACACUGA